AUGUCGACUACCACAGAUUUUGUUGGGCGGAACUGUCCUCAUUGCAGUGCAGUGGAUAGUUUGCAGACAGAUGAUGUCAUGGGCGAAGUAGCUUGCACGGCGUGUGCACUAGUUGUGGCAAUGGGACUCGAAGAGAACGUUUUUACACGGUACAAUGAGAAUGCCACGUAUGAGGACGUUGAUCACCAUCGUGAGCGAAAUGCAAAUCCCACAGCCGCUACUUCCGCUGCGGGUUCUCUUUCAGCAGCGGACCCUCACAUGUCGUCGACCUCUUCGAAGGUUGUGUUACAUCCAACCAUGCUGAAUUGUAUGCGAGGCCUUCACAAAAAGGCAGUAUUACCAGAGCCAGUACUCGAUCGCGGUAUUGAGCUCGCGCGAGCCUUUGUUGGUGGGCGGCGGGCACGUGGGCAGCGGGUGGAACGACAACCGGAUGUUGCUGCCGCUUGUCUUAUGAUCGCUGCUGAAGAGGCUCAGCAGCCGCUACCGUUGGCCGAAGUGCGGUGUCUUGAUUCAUCACUUGGCGAUGUGGAACUGCGUCGCGCGGAUAUUGUGCGCGAGUUACACCUAGAAGAUAGCGAGCGGCGGUUACGCGACACCUUUGCUGAUAACCUUCUUGUGAAGUACAUUCUGAAACUUGGUCUGCAAGUCUCAUUAUACCUACCGCAUUGCAAGCGGCUGUUGACGGCACUUGGUCGCGUAGAGGCGUUGGCAGGUUUAACAGUUGCAGAUCGAGUAACGACAGCGCUUCUGUUGGCAAGAACUGCGCAAACACUUUCCUGGGAACAGGGAACGCACAUUAGUAAAGGCAAAGAGUGUGACCUUGGUAUGGAGGCUAUCUACGCUAAUUUUUCAUCCAAAGCUCAUUUGGAAGUGACCAAAGUCAACAAAAUCAUGCACCUGGCCGUAGAUGUAUUGCCUCUUAUCCAGGCAGCGUUUCAAGACUGUGGAGAGCCCACGGCUGGUAAGAGAAAGGUAGACAAGAACAGUGAGCCAGAAGCGAGUGGUAGCACUAAACGCGUGAAGAGGGAGGAAACAUGA